AUACGAACGAGAUGGCGGCAACGCGCUGGAUGCUUCUAUGACGAGCUGCGCGAGCGACUCGCGACGCUUUAUAAGCGCCGCCGCAAGAUACACGACGAAUAACGCCUCAUCGUUGCCACAGCGGCAAUCGACAGCGAUUACGGUUGAAGAUAAGGCAGUUGUGUGUACUCAAAAGGUACAAAAAAUAAAGGCGUGAAGCCUGCAAGUUGGUUGGUGGCUCACGCUACGGGCCGGCGAAAGGGGGCCUGUGCGCUCGCGUCCCACAGCUCAGCAGCCGCGGCACUCGGUGCGUUGGCCUACUCUUUCACGCCGGCAAUGGAGCCGUGGGUGCUUCUGCGCCACGCCAUGUACCGCUUGAGGCAGGCGGAGUGCCUGUCUGUCCUGGAGGCCUGGGGCGCCUUCUCGGGGUCGCAGAUGCAGGCGCUGGGCCGGGUAACACGCGCCGGCAAGGGGAACCUCAUCUCGGCGGCCGUGCGCUUCUGCAAGGAGAAUAAUGUGGAGCUGAAGAAGGUGGCUGAGCUCAGCCUUCUCUCUCUGCAGAAAACCCCCAAUAAGAAACAGUGGACAGUCUUCCAGCUUCUAAACCCCCAGGAAGCAGACAAGUGUUUCGAUGCUGGAGAUUUAGAGUACGAGCUGCAAGAAAACAUCUCUGCAUAUUUUGAAAACGUGGUGGCAGUGAUCGUUCGGGAGGAUGCCGUGUGGAUACAAGUGAUACUGAUGGAGGGUGCACGGAGUACUGGCUCCAUGGGCCAGACGGCCAACAUCGUGUUUUACCCGCAGUGCCACCACAUGUUCAUUGCGAACCUGAAGGCCUCCUAUAAUGAUUACAUCAUCCAGGCACUUCAAGCCACGUUGAACUAUAGUGAAGCUCAAGUGGUGCCGCUGAAAGGCCACAACCUUGAAUCUCUUGCACAGAUCAUUCUCAGGAGGACUAACGAGGGUUACAGGCCCAACAAGCUGGCACAAGAGACAAGUGUCCAAGAAAAAGUGGCGCCGCUGGACCCUCGCACUUGCGACGAGAACCUGAGGGAGAAGCAGCGGACGAUGGCCCUGACGCGCCAGGCCUUCGGGGAUGCCCCACAGCCCACGCUGGAAAGCCUCUCCUACGCGAUGGACACGCGCUUCCGUGGAUACAAGGUAGUGCCGCAGAUGGAGGGGCACACUGAGCACUUCCGCAUGAAGGUCAAACUGGAGAGCAAGAACGUACUCGAGGCUGUCAAGUCUCUGGCCCCUCUCGGCUUGGCAGCUGCUCCCCUGCCUGGAUUACUCACCAUGGUGCCUCAACGUGGCCGCAACUUCUUCAAGGUCAUGGAGAGGCAAGGGGCGAACUCAUUCAUGGUCAGCACAACUGGAAACUCAGUGGAGAACACGCCACAGUGACGUGCCGUCCCGCUACAAACCCAUGUACUAAAAUUGUAUUCCUGACCCCAUUAUCUUUUCGCUCACGUCCUCUUCGCCAAAACUAACACAAAGGGAAACCAACAUGUCUGGCACCCUUUCCUGUCUAUCACUCGAGGGACCCAGGAGCAAGGAGCACAUACAAUUAAGAUUUAAUUGCUAUUUUAGUUAAGUAAUAUUAAUACAAAUGGCAGUGAUAAUACGUUUUAUGUGGUAAAAUAUUACCAUUAUGCAAACAAUCUCUUUUUGAUUUACUUAAAUCAGCCAUGCAAGCUAUGCAGUGAAUAACGGAAAUUUUAAGAAAUUAAGUCAACAAAAUAGUUAAUUGUUCAUACAAGUGUGUGAAAUAUGUCGCGUCAACUUAUCCCAUUGCAAAACAGCUUGUCACAUCAGGAAAUGAAAAAUGACAAUGCAGAGUCAAGUAGCAUCCUAAAUAACCUGACAAACAACUGGCCUUGCUCAUUAUCUACUGACAGCCCUGUCGCACUACAGACAGGUAGGCUGUCAGUGCCAUAGCAAUCAGAAUAUUUAUCCUGGAGAAAUCCGGGGCAGGUCACAAAAUUUUACAACAACAAAAACACCUAUAUGAGUGCAAAGUAUAUGAAAGGUAAGAAAAUCACUAAAA